AUGCAGUUAACAACCGCCAUCUUCACCACCCUCUGCCUCGCGCUCUCCGCAAAGGCCGAUUCAGCAAUCUGCUUCCCAGUCCCUGGACAGCCCAGCACCGUUCCCCAGUCUACCUUAGACCUCGACUCCCAAACCAAGCUCAACUGGGCGGCCACUCUUUGCUCCCAGCUUACUUUCCCAUCCGACGGAUUACAAACCGCCGUGACAUCGCUCGCCGACGGCAUCAAGGGAGAUGACGGCAAGCUCUACGGUCUAGAGGUGGCUGUCCACGACAUCCAAACCGAGGAUAACUGCAACGUUAACGCCAAUGCCCUGCUCGGAACUCUCGGCUGCCCAGGCGGCGGUCUCUUGACUCUGAGCGGCCCUCUUGAACAGUGGUCAUACAUCACCGCGCUCAACUAA